AUGAGGACCCAUCGUCUCACUCACGGGGGGCAGGUCCACAAGGAAGAAAAUCUCCUGCGUUGCGAGAGUUGCUCCAAAGCAUUCCUCAGCCCAAGUGGUCUCGAAAAGCAUAAAAAGUCUGGGAAAUGUGGAAAGAAAUUCACCUGCCCCUUCUGCACUGACUCAUUCAUUUACAAGUACGAGCGGGAGAAACACAUGGAGACUCACGCUGAGUUUGUGAACAAGGCUGAUAAAGAAGAUGAAGUGACCGAUGGUGUCAAGAAAUCUAAAGUCUUUAAGUGCCCUAUAUGUGAGCAGAAGUUUCCCAAUCUGCGUACCUUCACCAUCCAUCGCAAGAAACACGAGAGAGGAAAGGUCUAUGCAUGUGAAAAGGGUCAGCGAACCCAGCACCAGAAGAAGGUACACAAGGUCAAGAUGGAAGAGGGUAAUGAGGCUGAGGGAGAGGUUGUUAGCUCCGAAGAUGGUCCAGUUAUCAUCCCCAACGUCAAGAGGGUGUUCAAAUGUCGCGUCUGUCAAGUGGAGUUUGAAGCGAAAGAGGAGCUGAAGGAACACAAGCUGACCCAUAAGGAACUGGAGAAUGGAGAUGAUGAGUAUGUUCCUAUAUCGGUCAAGGUUUCCAGACCUAAGAAAGUGGUUGAGACGUUCAAGUGUGACAUAUGCAACAACAGCUUUGCCCAGAAGGCUUAUCUAGAACGUCACAGAAGAGUUCACACGGGUGAGAAGCCCUUUGGCUGCACGCUCUGCGAGAAGAAGUUCUCCGACAUGACUUCCCUGCGUAGGCACAAAUCCAUUCACACUGGAGCAAAGCCCUUCUUGUGUGAUCUGUGUGGAAAGUCCUUCCGUGACAAAUCAUACCUGAACCUACAUAGGCGGAUGCACGCAGGAGACAGGCCAUUUGAGUGUGAGCUUUGCCCUCGGAAGUUUGUACGAAAGAACUUCCUGAAUGCCCACAUGAAGCUCCACCAGGGCAUCAAGCCAAAGAAGCCUCCAGAGAGAUCCUUCACCUGCACCAUCUGCAACAAAGUCCUGAAGACCCGUGCCAGUUACCAAACCCACAAUAGGAUUCAUACAGGCGAGAAAUCCUUCUGCUGUACUCUUUGUGGCAAGGCCUUCCCAACGAAACCUCGUCUUAUCAACCACGUCCGUGUGCACACUGGAGAGAAACCCUACGAGUGCGAGACAUGCCACAAAGCUUUCACCGAGCCGGGUACUCUCCGAAUGCACAAGAUCAUCCAUUCUGGCCUGAAGCCCUACAAGUGCGAGACCUGCGAUCGAGCCUUUGCAGACAAAAGCGCCCUCAACUCUCAUGUUAAGAUGCACACAGGGCAGAAGUCGCACUCCUGCGAGUUCUGCGGGAAGAUGUUCUGGACGGCCACCAACAUGAGGCGGCAUGCCAAGACCCAUCGCAAAAAGUCCAUGUUUGAGUGUGGGGUAUGUAGCAAGGAAAUCUUUGGACAGGAGAACCUGACAGCUCACUUGGUGGAGCAUGAAGCGGAACAUCGCGUUGCCUCUCAAGCUCUGGCUCAGACCAUGAUGGCCGCUCAGGUCAUGAUGGACAAGGUCACAGAGGUGGUCCUCCAGGAAGACGUUGUCACCACCGAGAACAAGGAAUUCCAGUGUGAGGUCUGCGAGAAGUUCUUCAAGACAAAGAAGACACUCCAGAAACACGGUGCCAUCCAUGACGAAGAGAAGCGCUACGAGUGCGACGUCUGCCAGAAGCGCUUCUCCAGGAAAGCUUACCUCGUCAGCCAUUCCACCAUCCAUACGGGAGAGAAGCCAUAUACGUGUGAGGACUGCGGGAGGCAGUUCAGGGACCGAAGCUCUAUGAAGCGGCACAUGAACACCCACAAGGGCAUCAAGCGCUACGAAUGCAAUGUCUGUCAGAAGCAGUUCACGGACAAGAGCGCCGCCAACAUCCACCUCAGGAUACAUACUGGUGAGAAACCUUACGAGUGCUAUGAAUGUAAGAUGUGUUUCUCACAGAGUGGACACCUUGUAGAUCAUAUGAUCAAAAGUCAUUGA